AUGCAGCCGGCGAGCAUCCGUGCGUCGUGCGACGACCUGCACCAGUUGCGGCAGCCGGCGACAGCGGACCUGGCGCUAGCGACGCUGUUGGGCGACGAUGCGCGAUGGUUCGGAUGGUCGUCGGAGGGUCGCCUGCGAUGCACGCUGUCGCAACACGAGUUCCCAAUCCGCGCUGAACACGUGGCGGGUCUAGUCGCCGUCGCACAGUCGCAAUUAACGUCGCUUGAAUCCCGUUGCGAUUCGUCACAGCAGUCGCAGCCUCAACAGUCGCAGCCGCAGCUGUCGCAGGAUGCGUGGUCGCAGCAGCAGUGGCGAUCCGUGCGACAGCACGUGCGAUCCAAGGCCUUCGCAGCAGCGGCGGCGUUGGCGGAGGCGAUGGAGAGAGCAGCGCCGCACAUAGUGGCGUGCGCUCAGGACAGCACGCAUCUGCAGUGCAUCCUCACAGGCAGCACCAUCGCUUGCAAGGCAGCAGCCAUCCACCGUCACACUGCUGGCCACCGCUGUCAAGCCGCUCUGGCCAGAUUGGAGCCCGAGAAGGCUGCUGCACAGCGACUGGAUCAG